AUGGGCAACCUUACCAACAAGCAGAUCCACAGUCACAUCCAUGUAAGCCAGAAACAAGCAUCGGCGCUGUCCAACACAAUGGGCGCCGGUUCUGGCCGGUCUCCGUGCCAGAUCGCACAAAUGGCACUGGCGGCACCGGAUGAGAAGUCGCAUCCCUUGGUGCUGUCCUUUAUACGCGUGAGCAGCGCAGAGGAGAUUUCGCGUGUGUGUGACGCGAGUGGCAUUCCGGUACAAGCGAAGAAUGAGGCAAUCUCCGAGUUCGGCAAGGGCCACCACGAUCGAGCGGCCACCAUCCUCGUCGCGGCCGCUGAACAGAAACUACGCGAAAGCACGCGGGAGCUCUCCGGGCAGGCUGGUGGCAAGCGUAUGCUCAAGUCCGAGCAUGGCACCUUUAUGAGGGCGUACGACGGAGAGUGGAAGGUGGAUCUGAUGCGAGGAGAGCCACGGGACUGGGAGCAUUGGUACGUCGAGGACUGGGGCAGCAAGGUGGUCUUCAAGGCAAUCCAUUCGCCUGGUCGCUUUCUGCGUGCACGGGCCGAUGGGAAGGUGGACCUCGUGCCAACGCAUCCCAACGAAUGUCCAGCCUCGAAGUGGAAACCGUUCAAAAACUCAGACGGCAGUUGGUCGUUCCUCAGCAUUCAUGGAACGUGGCUGAGUGGGCUCGGAAACGACACCGUGUGUUGUAUGUGGGAAUGCAAGUCGUCGGAGAAAUUCACCUUGCCCUGGUGG